UUGGAUGGAAGGCCUUCGCCUGUGUCUCCGGGCUGUGAUCACCCAGUCAGUACUCUGAUUAUUUACAGCAGGCCAUUUAAAAAACAAAUCGGGUCAGGGGGAAGAUAUGUGUGCCGUCCAAUAUCUCUUAUAAAAGGAUUAUAUGCGAUCGCAGAGAAAGCCUGGGAUAGUGGGACGGAUUGUUAUUUUGGAGACAUUUCAAACCCUCCCGUUGAUUGAUCAUUAAUGUGCAAAAAAAAAGCAAACGAAUUUUAAACAUAGCCGUUUAUGGCACCCAAUGAUUCAUGAACAUUUGUUUUCCAGACAAGUCUUGGCUCUUUAUAAAGACUCCGUCAGCAGCUAUACCUUGGCUCAAGGACUAGCAGCACUACUGCGAAUUUGGGAACUCCUGCUUAUCGAUUGCGUGGUGAAUCUGAAAUAUUAUGUCUUGCUCUGCUUCUAUCGUCAGUGGCUAAGGUCAACUGCCAGGAGGCUAUUGGAAGAAAACGUCACGUGAAUCGGGGUGCCAAUGUUAUUCGAUAAGGGUGCAAGGACCCUGACAGUUUGUGAAAUAAAUAUUGGGAAACUGCGAGAUGCAAAAAACGACGUACUACGACAACUGUACUCUAUUCGGUGGAUACACAUACCAAGGAGCAAAUGGUUUCAGCUAUGAAGUGGCGCAGGAACCCUAUCCACCAUCUUCUCACGUUGAAAGUGAUUACCAGAGGUCGGCCUGCUCCCUUCAGCCAGCUGGCACUAGUGCUCCGCAUCCCAAAUCUAAAGACAUCAAUGGAAGCUGCAUGCGUUCGAAUCUCCCCGAGCACCGCCAACCUCCACCUAUCUCACCUCCCCAAAAUCCCAGCAACAACUCGACACAACCAGGCACCAGCAAGACUCUGCCCAAGUCUUCCCACACCUCCACACCCAGCCUCACCAAGCAGAUAUUCCCAUGGAUGAAAGAGUCACGGCAAAACUCCAAGCAAAAAAAUAACAACUGUCCCAGCACAGCUGAAAAUGUCAGCGGGGACAAAAGCCCGCCGGGUUCUGCCUCAAAGCGAGCGCGCACUGCCUAUACCAGCGCGCAGUUGGUGGAACUGGAGAAAGAAUUCCAUUUUAACCGUUACCUUUGCAGACCUCGCCGAGUGGAGAUGGCGAACCUGCUUAACCUCAGUGAACGACAGAUCAAGAUCUGGUUUCAGAACCGCCGGAUGAAGUACAAAAAGGAUCAAAAAACGAAAGGCAUAGUGAGUUCUUCCGGAGGACAAUCGCCCACGGGAAGCCCCCCGCUUUCCGUCCAGCCCCCCACUGGAUUUGUAAACGCCAUGCAUUCUCUUGCUAACAACUCUGCCUAUGACGCCCCAUCACCGCCGCCUUUCAAUAAACCUCAUCAGAACACUUAUGCUAUGACCACGAGUUACCAAAACCCGAUGAAAGGUUGCCCAUCUCAGCAACAGAAAAGAUAUCCUGGGACAGCUCCAGAAUACGACCCCCAUGUACUACAGGGGAAUGGCAACUAUGGGACACCAAACUUGCAGGGUAGUCCUGUGUACGUUGGCGGGAACUAUGUGGAUUCUAUGUCCGCUUCGGGGCCUUCUCUCUUCGGCCUCAAUCACCUUUCUCACCCUCCAAGCACAAACAUGGACUUCAAUGGUGCUGCUCAGAUGGCUCCCAGUCAGCACCAUGGACCUUGUGACCCACAUCCAACCUACACAGACCUUUCAUCGCAUCAUCCUUCUCAGGGAAGAAUUCAAGAAGCUCCCAAGCUGACCCAUCUGUAGCAGGCCUAAGCAGGGAGAUUUACUGAAGAGAAGUAAAUAACAAGUUAUCCUUUCCUUUUCUCAUGAUACCUCUUUGACCCAUUCCUUAUUCGUGUCUUCUUAUUCAUAUAUGCUGACUUGUAUUAAUAUAUUUUGCUUACAUUGUCCACUCACA